CCUAGCCCUGCCUGUGCUAGGCAGAGCACAGACAGCCACUCCACUUGCUUUAGCCUAGAACCACCCCCCCAAAAUUCCGGAGGUAUCCUGGUGCUUGAACUGAUUUUCCAGGUAGUAAAGGCAGCCUGGACCUUUAAGGGCAGCAGUUCCCAGUGCAGCUCUUCCUGGGAACUUUGGAGCAAACCAGCGUGGAAAGCCUGAGCUGACUGCCUGAGAGGCCUCUAUUCUAUCACAUUUUCCUGUGGCUUUGCAUCAGCCAGUCUGAAUCCUGGUACCAGUGCAGAUCAGGAGCAACACAACUAAGUCAUGCAAAAUGAACAUUCAAGAGUAUUUCGGAAGAAUAUCUUACAACAAGCCCCAUAAGGAUGCAGACUUGCAAACCUUAAAAGCCAUCUUCCAGCAUCACAUCCAGGCCAUUCCUUUUGAGAACCUCAGCAUGCAUUGCGGGGAGACCAUCGAACUGGAUUUAGAGUCCAUUUACAAUAAGAUCGUGCGAAAGAAACGUGGUGGAUGGUGCCUGGAAACCAACUACCUUUUAUUUUGGGCCUUGCAAGAAUUAGGGUAUGACGUCUGCAUUCUUGGUGCGAAUAGCUAUGACCCAGCAGAGAGGGCAUACACUGCUGAGAUGAACCAUAUCCUGCUGAAGGUGGUGAUCCAGGGAAACUCCUACAUCGUGGAUGCCGGUUUUGGUGGUGCCUACCAGAUGUGGCAGCCACUGAGGCUGAUUUCUGGGAAGGAUCAACCCCAGGUCCCUGGAAUCUUCCGCUUUGUGGAAGACAAUGGCACCUGGUACUUUGAGAAGGUCAAAAGGAAGCAUUAUAUUCCUGAGCAAAGUGAGACUCCUUACUUCACUGACACUCCAGGAUUGGGGAACAUCAGAAAAAUACAUAGAUUCACUCUUGAGCCACGACAUAUAAAUGACUUUCAGGAGUUAAACACAUACCUACAAGUGUCUCCAGAUAACAUACUUCGGAAGAAGUCACUCUGCAGUCUCCAGACCACUGAAGGGCUCAUUGGCUUAGUUGGAUGGACCUUGACUGAGAUGAAGUAUAAUUACACAGAGGACAUGGACCUGGUGCACAUCACAACUCUUACAGAUGAAGAGCUUGAGAAGACACUGAAAGAUAAAUUCAAUAUAGUGCUGGAGAACAAACUUGUACCAGUAAAUGUUCGUGGCUUGCCACCUAAUUUAGUGGAUAAGUUCUAA